GGAGAACUACUAGCCUUCAUUCUUCGCUUCUUCGAAAAAAAAAAUAUCUACUUGUAGUGCGUGUGCGUGGUCGUCGUCCAUCCAGCGUCCAGCCGUCCUGGAGACCUGGAGUAGCCGCGCCAUAGCCCGGCCGGUAUCACUUGUCUCAUCACAAACAGUUCGCCGUACGGCCGGGGAUCCAUGGCAAAGGAGAUCAGGACGACGUGAAUUGAAGGGCGAUGAUGGCCUCGCCGUCGCCGCACAUGAUGUUGUUGUUAUUCCUCACAUCAGCUCUACUAGCAGCAGCCGUGCGGCCAGCAACGAGCUCGUCGUCGCCGCCGCCGUCCGGCACCUCGCCGGAGCACGUACCGACCUUCUGCUCCGGGCAGGCUCCUGACUCCAACAACUCCUCCUCCUCCCUGGCUGUCGACGCCGUGUUCCGCGAGGACGAGUACACGGCGACCGUCGUGUUCAACGCGACCCCACCGCGUUUGCCUGCGCCGGCUGCACAUCCUCCUCCCCUUGCGCCGCCCCCUGCCGGUCAUACCCCACCACCGCGUUUGCCUCCGCCGGCUGCAGUACAUAGUCCCCUUGCGCCCCCUGCAGGUUAUUCGCCACGGCCUCCACCAGCCGCAUCGCCCGUUGAAACACAGCUCGCGCAACAAAGCCACGGGAAGAAGACGCCGAAGACACUCAUAAUGCUGAUCCUUUCUAUUGCAACCGGAAUAGUGGUUAUCACCGUCAUCCUUCUUGUACACAUCUGGUAUCGUCGUCGAAAGCAUUCAAAUAAGAUGCAACAUGUCGUAGCAGCUGGCAUUCCAGGUGAGAACAUGUAUGACCAAGAAGACGGGCAAUGGAGCAUGGAAGAUGAAGAGGACAAGGAUGGAGAGAGAAUGACCUGCCAACUCUACAGCUACCAAGUUCUUGAGGCUGCAACAUGUCACUUCUCAAAUAGAAACAAGCUAGGGAGUGGUGGAUUUGGAACAGUGUACAAGGGCAUACUUGCGAACGGAAGAGAAGUGGCGGUGAAAAGACUCAGGGAUUCCAAGCGGAACCUGCAAGAACUUGAGAGGGAGAUCUCCAUCGUGGCCACUUUGUGCCAUAAGAACCUCGUUAGGUUUUUAGGGUACUGCUUCCAAGACGAAGGGAAGUUUCUCGUCUACGAGUAUGUACCCAAUAAUAGCCUCGACAAAUUCGGGUACAAAGCAUGUUCCCAGUCACAGAAGCUAGAAUGGGCUACAUGGUUCAACAUCAUCUUAGGGGUCGCCCGUGGCCUCCAGUUUCUCCAUGACAAGGGAAUCAUUCAUAGAGAUUUGAAGCCACACAAUGUACUUCUCGAUGAAAACGUCACCCCCAAGAUCGCCGACUUCGAUCUCAUGAGGACGUACGAUAAACAGAAGACCCACGAGAGCACGGAGAAGGUCGCCGGAACAUUUGGUUACAUAGCGCCUGAAUGCACGUCCGGCCGGAAGUUCCUGCUGUCGAUCAAGUCCGACGUGUACAGCUACGGCGUCCUGGUGCUGGAGGUCAUCACCGGCCACAAGAUCUACACGUUCGAAGGCCAAAAAUCCGAAGGCCUCGUCGAAUACGUGUGGCAGCACUGGGAAGAGAAGAGAGCAGGAGACAUCAUGGACGACGACCUGCUGGGCGUCGCGGGCCAAGAGCUCGCGGCGCGGCAGGCACAGAGGUGCGUGCACGUCGCGCUGCUCUGCGUGCAGUCAGAUCGGUCAAGGAGGCCGACCAUGGGGCAGGUCAUCGCCAUGCUGACAAGUGACGACGGCGGGAUGGAGCUGCCAGAGCCGUCUCUGCCCGGGUACCUUGUCGUCGUCCACCCAAGGGCUCUGGUCCGGCUGCCAUGUCUCGGGUAUAGGUAGCUAGGGAUGAAAAUGAAAAUGGUAAUUUCGAAGUAUCAGAAAUCGUUUUCGAGAUUUUAUCGAUUUUUGUGGCUAAACGGAAACUGUAGCGGUUACCGUGAAAACGGAAACAGAAUCGGUAAUGCAAUCCGAAAAUGAGAAUGUUUUGCACUCUUCCGAUCACUUUCGAAGAUUACCAUAGGAUUUACUGUGGUGAAUCUGAUCUUCGGUAAAACAAAUCGUCGUGUCCAUUCUUGAUU